AUGGGUACUAUACCGUGUUUGAAAAAGAAGAAGAAAGAUAUUUUAAGGAUUGGUCAUAAAUAAUAAUUAAGUGAUAAGAGCAUAAGAGUAAGUGAUGUUCAAAUAUGAGAGUUAGAGAAUUAGAAUUAUGUAGAGUAAAUAGUAGAGGAUUAAGUAGAGGAGGAAGAAUAAGUAUAUAGAAUAAAUAAUGAUAGAACAUAGUAUAUGAUUAUAUUUAAGGGGAUUUAAUUUAGGAAGGAUGUAAAGUAUAUUGUGCAUUGAAUACAUUGAAUGGUUAACUUUUAGCAUUAAAAAUUGUAUAGAAUUAUAUGAGAUUAGUUUAAAUUAAGUAAUUAAGAUGAUUUUAAUACUAUUAUUAAUUUUGUUGAUGUACUUACAAGAUUAGAGUGUAAUAAUAUUCAUAAAAUAAUUGGAUGGGAUUAUUCAAUUGAGAAUAAUGAAAUAAUUUAAGAUGAAAUAAGAAUAUUAAUGCCAUAUGAGAGUGGAGGUUCAAUAAGUUGGUUGUUAUAUAAAUUUAAUUCAUUUUCUACUCAAUUAGCUAUAAUGUUUAUGAAAUAAAUACUUUAAGGAUUAGAAUCUUUACACAAUUCUGGUAUUCUACAUAGGUAUUAUAUUCAUAUUUUAUAAGGAAUUUGAAAACUUCUAAUGUUUUAGUUGAUGGUGAUGCAAAUGCAAAGUUGAGUGAUAUUUACGUAUUAAAAGAUUUCAAAUUGUCAUUCUAUAGUGCACCUGAAUGUUUUACUAAUUACAAUUAUUGUGAAUAAUCUGAUGUUUGGAGUGCUGGUUGUAUCUUUAUUGAGAUGUUGACUAGAAAAUCUCCAUGGAAUCAUUUAUCUUAAAAUAUUACACUUCAUUAAAUUAAAAUGUGUUUUGAUAAAGGAGGUAGAUUUUUAUUAGUUAUUUAAAAUAGAAUUAUUUCCAUAUUCAUAAAUAACUAAUAAUUUAGAUAUAUUAUAAAUAUUUAAUGAUAUAUUUAAAAUUAAUCCAAGAGAAAGAUUAAAACCUUCAGAAUUAUUAGAUCAUUCUGUUUUUAGAAGUUAUUUCAUAUUUAUAUUAUUUAGACUUAGAAACUGAACCUUUAAAAUCAGUUAUUGUAUCUACUAGAAGAUAGUUGCAAAAUAGAUAUGAUGAUAGAAAAUCAUAUAAAAUUUAAAAUAGUAAUGUUUCUAAUUCAAGUUUACGAUAUUCUAUAAGAAGAAGUCAUCAUCCUGAUUCUAGUAAGUAUCAAUAAGUUUUAUAAUAAUUGAAAUCUAUUCAUGUAGAUUUUAAGAAUGUGAAUAAUCUUAUGGAUAAUUAAUAAUUAUCGUAUAUUGAUAUUUAAAAUGUCUUAUCAACUAAGAUUUAAUUGGAAACUAAAAUUAAAGAAAAAGGCAUUCAGUAAGUUAAUAAAGAAAUUAUAGGUAAUCGAUAAUUUAGACCUAAAGAAAUAUCUUCAUUAAAUAGAUAUAUAUAACCUAAUUAGUAUUCUUUUACUAAAUAGCAUCAAUAAAGAAUUUUGAGUUUGCACAAAUCAUUAAAUAGUAGUCUUGAUAAAAUUUAAACAAUUAGAUCAGUUGAUCCUGCUAUUAUUAUAAAUGGACAAAAAAAAUAAGUAUAAGAAAUUGAAAAUCUUGAAAAAAUAAUAAUUUAAUAAUUCUACUAGAAAUAAAUUAAUGAAAAUCAUUCCAAAAAUAAUUUGAAUGAUAUUGAAAAAAUGAUGAUACAAUAAUUUUAAUCAUCUCUUUUUAAAUAAUCAUCAAUUGUUGAAUAAAAUAUUUAGAAUUCAAUUUAAUAACCUAUUGAAGCAAAUUCAGAAAUUUUAGAUUAAUAAACUCCUAAUUAUUUGGAAAAGCUAAUGUAAGAUUAAUUUAAUUAAGAUAAUGAAUCUGGAAUAGAUGAAUUAUAAUAAUUGGAAGAUUUGAUAAAGUAAUAGUUUUAUAAAGAUUAUAAUAAAAAAAGUGUGAUUAAUAAUUUAGAAUAAAAGAUGGAAUAGUAAAUGAUUUAAGAGAAUAUAUCAAUAGUUGGUAAUUGUUAUAUAUUAUAUAUAGCAUUUGAUUAAAUAAUAUAAUCUCCAAAAAUAAACAGUGAUUUGAUAAUAGAUGAUGAUUUUCUGGUGAAUCUAUGA